AUGGCGGAGACUAAAGCAACACGAAAGCGAUAUGCCGUUGUUGGCACCGGCGGCCGCUCAAGCUUCUUCUACUCAGCCAUCGCAACAGAAUACAGCAAAACAUCAUGCAUCGUAGCCCUUUGCGACACAAAUCAGACUCGCAUGAACUAUGCAAACUCCAAGCUGAAGUCACUCGGCCAUGGCGAGGUUCCGACAUAUCUCGCCAGCAACUUCGAUCAGAUGAUCAAAGAGUCCAAGCCUGACGAAGUCAUCAUUACAACCAUGGAUCGAACGCACAACAUCUACAUUGUUAGAGCUCUUGAACUAGGAUGCAAUGUCAUUACUGAGAAGCCGAUGACCAUUGACGCCCCUAGGUGUAAGGAGAUCUUUUCAGCAGUCGAGACAACUGGCCAGAAAGUUCGCGUCACUUUCAACUACAGAUAUGCGCCUCACAACACGAAAGUCUUUGAGUUGCUAAGAUCUGGAGCUAUUGGAAAAGUCACAAGCGUCCACUUUGAAUGGAUGCUGAACACCAGCCACGGAGCCGACUACUUCCGCCGUUGGCACAGGGACAAGCGCAACAGCGGCGGUCUUCUGGUCCACAAGUCGACACACCACUUCGACCUUGUUAACUUCUGGCUCCAGACCAGACCUCAAACUGUGUUUGCUACAGGCGACCUUGCCUUUUACGGUCGAGAGAACGCAGAGAAGCGUGGCGAGACCAAGUUCUAUACCCGCGCCCAUGGCAGCGAAGUCGCCAAAACUGACCCUUUUGCCCUUCAUCUCGAUGAGAACCCCCAGUUGAAGGCCAUGUAUCUAGAUGCCGAGCACGAGGACGCUUACUACCGCGACCAGAGUGUCUUUGGUGACGGUAUCAGCAUCGAAGAUACCAUGAACGUUCUCGUCAAGUACCGCAAUGGAGCUAGUCUUUCAUACUCUCUCACAGCAUACGCGCCAUGGGAGGGUUUCCGAGUUAGCUUCAACGGAACUGGGGGACGUCUUGAAGUUGAGGUCGUUGAGAACAGCUACGUCAACUCAGGUGGUGAUCAAGCACAUGAGGGAUCUUUAGAAAGCCGCAAGAUCCUGCUUCGACCUCUCUUCGAGAAGCCAAGAGAGAUCAAGGUCGAAGAUGGUGUUGGUGCUCAUGGGGGUGGAGAUACUGUCUUAUUGAAUGAUUUGUUUGGAACGCCGGUGUCGGAUGAGUACAUGCGAGCAGCGAGCCAUAUCGAUGGUGCUGCUUCGAUACUUACUGGUAUCGCGGCUAACAGGUCUAUUGCUACGGGACAAGCCAUCAACGUAGAUGAUAUUUUGCUAGUCCCUAGUUCAUGA